GGCGGGCGGCGGGCGGUGGGCAUGGCGGGCGCGGGGCUGCGGGCGGCCGCUCGUCGCUGGCUGCUCGGCGGAGGCCAGGGCAGGCCGCGAGCCGCCUCGACCUCGCCCUCCUGCCCUGGCUGCGGCCCCCCGGGUCCCGGCGCCCACUGCCCCGGCACUCCCCGCUCCGCGCCCACCGGCGGCGCCGAACUCAGCGCACACCUGUGGGCCCGCUACCAGGACAUGCGGAGACUGGUGCACGACCUUCUGCCCCCCGAGGUCUGCAGUCUCCUGAACCCGGCAGCCAUCUACGCCAACAAUGAGAUCAGCCUGCGCGAUGUUGAGGUUUACGGCUUCGACUACGACUACACGCUGGCCCAGUAUGCAGAUGCGCUGCACCCCGAGAUCUUCAGUGCUGCCCGUGACAUCCUAAUUGAGCACUACAAGUACCCAGAGGGGAUUCGGAAGUACGACUACAACCCCAGCUUUGCCAUCCGUGGCCUCCACUACGACAUUCAGAAGAGCCUUCUGAUGAAGAUUGACGCCUUCCACUAUGUGCAGCUGGGGACAGCCUACAGGGGCCUCCAGCCUGUGCCAGACGAGGAGGUGAUCGACCUAUAUGGGGGCACCCAGCACAUCCCACUGUACCAGAUGAGUGGCUUCUAUGGCAAGGGCCCCUCCAUCAAGCAGUUCAUGGACAUCUUCUCACUGCCGGAGAUGGCACUACUGUCCUGUGUGGUAGACCACUUCCUAGGCCACGGCCUGGAGUUUGACCAAGCACACCUCUACAAGGACGUGACGGACGCCAUUCGAGAUGUGCAUGUGAAGGGCCUCAUGUACCAGUGGAUUGAGCAGGACAUGGAGAAGUACAUCCUGAGAGGGGACGAAACGUUCGCUGUCCUGAGCCGCCUGGUGGCCCAUGGGAAACAGCUGUUCCUCAUCACCAACAGUCCUUUCAGCUUUGUGGACAAGGGGAUGCGGCACAUGGUGGGUCCCGAUUGGCGCCAGCUCUUCGAUGUGGUCAUCGUCCAGGCGGACAAGCCCAGCUUUUUCACUGACCGGCGCAAGCCUUUCAGAAAACUGGACGAGAAGGGCUCACUGCAGUGGGACCGUAUCACCCGCCUGGAAAAGGGCAAGAUCUAUCGGCAGGGAAACCUGUUUGACUUCCUGCGCUUGACAGAGUGGCGUGGGCCCCGCGUGCUCUACUUUGGAGACCACCUCUACAGUGACCUGGCGGAUCUCAUGCUGCGGCACGGCUGGCGCACAGGCGCCAUCAUCCCCGAGCUGGAGCGCGAGAUCCGCAUCAUCAACACGGAGCAGUACAUGCACUCGCUGACAUGGCAGCAGGCACUCACGGGGCUGCUGGAGCGCAUGCAGACCUAUCAGGACGCGGAGUCGAGGCAGGUGCUGGCUGCCUGGAUGAAGGAGCGGCAGGAGCUGAGGUGCAUCACCAAGGCGCUGUUCAACGCACAGUUUGGGAGCAUCUUCCGCACCUUCCACAACCCCACCUACUUCUCCAGGCGCCUCGUGCGCUUCUCCGACCUCUACAUGGCCUCCCUCAGCUGCCUGCUCAACUACCGUGUGGACUUCACCUUCUACCCGCGCCGCACACCCCUGCAACACGAGGCACCUCUCUGGAUGGACCAGCUGUGCACUGGCUGCAUGAAGACACCCUUCCUCGGCGACAUGGCCCACAUCCGCUGAGGGCACCUUUAUUGUCGGGGACAGGCACCCAGCCCUUCCUGCCCCGUCAUCCACUCUGGGCGUCUGUCCAGACAAGCAAUAAAAGUGAUCUCCUUCCUG